GUAAAGCCGCACAGUUGUAGUUGUAGGGCACCCUUGCGUAUCAGAGGUUUGGUAAAAGAGACACGCUGCCGUGAAAGAAAGACAAGAUAACAACUUGAAAUUUUGCGGCAGAUGUCACUUCAGUUCAUCCGAUUUCAAACCAUAUGCCAUUCUCCAAGUCUCAGCUACAUUUUCACAGGCCUAUAGAAGGCUUUAGCAUCCGAAUUGCGAAUAAGUAUUCCUGGAACUUCGAAGUUGAGCAGUUAGGCGGUCGGGCAAGCCAAGUUAGAUAUGUCUAAAGAAAAUGAUGUCAAAGCGACGACAUUUUAUUCAAGAGAAGAGGUAAAGAAACACAACAAGGAUGGUGACAUUUGGCUGAUAAUAGAUUGUGUUGUUUACGAUGUUUCAAAAUGGAUUCACAAGCACCCAGGUGGAGAAAAAGUCAUCAAAAGUUUGGCUGGGAAAGACUGCAGUGAAGUUUUUAGGACAUUUCAUAACCCGAAACUGAACCGUCUCUUGUUACCGGCAUUUCGGAUUGGGAAGACAUUUGAAUUGAAAGAUACUGAUGAAAUCGAAAAAAGUGCAAUAACUAAAGAUUUUGAGAGCCUCAGAAAGACUUUAGAAGAGGAAGGUGCUUUUAAACCAGAUUAUUGGUUUUACUUCAAAACUGGAACCUUCAUUGCAUCCAUUCUUCUCAUGUCAGUUGGACUGGCUGUGUACUCAAAUGGUUUUCUAGCAACAAGUGCAGCUGCACUAUUGAUGGGGUUCUUCUGGCAGCAAAUGGCUUUUGUUGGCCAUGACAUUGGUCAUCACUCAGUUACACAAGGUACAAAGACCGAUGAUAUCCUUGGCUGUGUCAUGGGAAAUCUUCUCACUGGUAUAAGUGUAGCUUGGUGGAGAGAUAACCACAAUUAUCACCAUGUUGUCACCAAUUCCUUCAACUAUGAUCCUGAUGUACAGCACUUGCCAGUGUUUGCGGUUUCAAAAAAGUUUUUCCAGUCUUUCUAUUCAGAGUAUUAUAAAAAAGAGUUCAAGAUGGAUAGUGUAGCAAGGACACUGGUUCCCUAUCAGCAUUUUCUGUUCUACCCAGUCAUGGCUAUUGCAAGGUUCAACUUAUAUGCUCAAAGCUUUAUAUUUAUAUUAAGCUCAAAAAAUGUCAAGAGACGAUUUGAAGAAAUUUUACUCCUGUCAUGCUUUUGGAUGUGGUUUAUCACACUGUGCUUGCAACUCCCUACAUGGCAAGAUUGUCUGUUAUUCUUCUUUUUAUCCCAUGGAAUUGCAGGAAUAAUUCACGUGCAGAUUUGCCUCAGCCACUUUUCCAUGCCUGUGUUUGAUGGACUGCCACAAGAAAGUCGUGAUAAAGAUGGUUACGUCAUUUCACAGUUCGAAGCCACUACAAACAUUAAAUGUUCACCGAUGUUUGAUUUCCUCCAUGGCGGCUUACAGUUUCAAACCGAACACCAUCUGUUCCCCCGCGUCACAAGGAGCCACCUUCGAAGACUUCAAGAGAGGGUAAAGCCAUUGUGCAAAAAGCAUGACAUUCCUUACCAUGAAAUGACUUUCAUCGAAGCAAAUAUCUCAGUUAUGAAGACACUUAAAGCAACGGCGAAAGAAGCGACUUGUUUUUCUUCAUUCUUCAAAGAAGGAGUCAACGCGAUGGGGUAACAAGCAAGCUUCAUUAUAGACUCUUUUUUGCUUUGUUUUUAUUUUUUGCAUCAAGCUGUUAGAAACUUCACAGAGCGUUGUGUCACAGUUAUUGAACAGUUAUUUAGUGUUUAUGCACUCAAAAUUUUGGAAUUACUUUUUGAGAAUUAUCGUAACUUUCUGUUUGCCUGUGGGCAAAAUACGUUGAAGGCAAAAGCUUUUCAUAUGCUCGAGCUCCUAGUCAUACCAUUUCGUGAGUUAAAUGUGGUACCCUGUUUGUCAAAUUGAUUUAUUGAUUCGUAUAUUUUGAUUGAUUGAUUUGGAUUUAUGAUUGAAUGAUUUGAUGUUGCCAUUGAAUGAUUCGUAUCGAUUAUUGACAUCAUAAUUAAAUUUGUUUGCUUUAACAGCAUUUGCCCAUUAACGUUACAGCUAGUAGUUGGGAUGUGUUGGUUGUGUGGGAAGGAACCCCUAUUUUCAAAACAUGUCCAUUUUUAUCGUUUAAAUGGGCCCCAUCUUGAAUAAAAUAACAAACUCCCACCCACACCUGUUUAGAAGAGCUCGUAAUUGCCUAUAUUUCUAGGAAAACGAACAAGAAAUAUCUUCUAAUGAUUUGAUCCCUCCCCCCUCUUGCAGCAAAAACACAUAAGCAUUGAACGCAAUACUAAUUACUAACCCUGUUUGACUUCACCGAGGAUGAUUUGCGCAUUAUAAUUCUUUCGCUUGUUUAUCUCUAUUUGACUUGUUUUAGAUAUUUGAAUGUCUUAUUUGCAUCUAAUGCCCAAUCAAAAACUUUUUAAUUAAAAUUUUAGCGAUUUAUUCAAAUUGGAAUGCAUUGCUAAUAUAUUAUAUGCGUAUAAACUGAUUUUGUCAAUAAUUCAUUAGGAAGCGGCUAAACAUGGCCUUGAAGCCAUUUUAGGUGUGAUGGAGACCGGAAUUCUGAAUGAUAUACAAUACGUACGAUAUACAAUACAUAAGGCGGAGAUAAAAAUUAUGUGUUUAUAUAAAAAGGGAGCAGAGAUCAAAUUUCUGUUGUUGAAAUGAACAUUUUUUGGCAAAAUGAAACAUAAAAGGACAUUUAGACAAGAAUAUAGGUAAUUUCAAUAUUAAGCCAUUGGUAGCAAUUUCGAGAGUUGUUUGCAAGGAAUGUGCCUGCUUCUUUUUCGACUCUUUUUGAGAUAACUGACCUACUUGCAAAACGAGUCGUGGUUUCUAUUGGUUUCAUAUUGGAUUCGAGGUCUCUUCUGCAUUUUUAGCACGCUCUAUAACAGUAUCAGCCAUUAUCACCAGUCAAAAUUAUGUUGCUAGUUCUCGUUUUGUUUUCUUGAAGUUUGAGUAUUUUAGUGUCUUAAAGGCUGUCAUAUUUAUUCUUAUCGUAUUCAUAGUACAAGUGAUGUUUAUGGUAUGACACAAAUUAUCCAGUUACACUUAAGAUAUCUUAUUAUAAACUAAAAUCUUGGCAAAAAAUGCUGAGACACUUGCCAAAAAAGAAGCUACUUACGAAUCACCCACCCCCUUUCCCCCUAAUCAAUGUUGUGAUUGGGUUGGUAACUAACUGUAAUCCCCACUUAUUCUGUAACUAUCCUAAACAACAUUGACCACGGGGGGAGGGGGGUUUAGGUCACCAGCGCACAUUAUAUGAAGAGAUAGCACGCGAAUUCCCUUUUCGUUCGUAUGUCUCAGCUAUUUUUUUCCAAGAUUGUAGUUCUGAAUUCUUAAUUUGCAAAGAAUAUAUCCUUAAGGAAUAUAUUGUAAUUCUGUUUGACGUAGAGAUACUGCACAAGAACUUGACACCCCACCUCUCCCUCUUUCAAUUUGUAACAAAAAGGUAUUUGGAGCUCUGACUAUUUUCGCACAUGGAAUAUAUCUAUAUAAGGCACGAGGGUCAAUUAAAUGUCCCUUUUGGUAAUAACGAAUAGAAUGACCGUCCCUUUUCUAGUCAGUGUCAAAGAAUCGCCAAGCGACAACGUCCAAAGUUGGGAAUCUCAACCUUGUUAGAUAUCCACCAUCGUUUUCCAGAGGGCCUUGAUUCUGAAAAAGAUUUUUCACAAAUCUCGAUUUUGCUGUACCCAAGAAACGCAAUUUACUUUCAAUCUUCCAUCUCUAGCCACUUUCUCAGUUUACCACCCUUGUUCUUGUGCAUGUCUCGUUAAAAUUGCUGAAUGAAUUUACCAGAAAGUUUAUAUAGUUAAAAUAUUGACAAGACGCCAA